UCCGGGCAGAGCGGCGGCCCGGCCGGCUGGGCUAUUGAAUUAUAUAAUACAUUUAAAAACAAAAUGGAUGAAGAACCGGAAAGAACUAAGCGAUGGGAAGGAGGCUAUGAAAGAACAUGGGAGAUUCUUAAAGAAGAUGAAUCUGGAUCACUUAAAGCUACAAUAGAAGACAUUCUCUUUAAGGCAAAGAGAAAGAGAGUAUUUGAGCACCAUGGACAAGUUCGACUUGGAAUGAUGCGCCACCUUUAUGUGGUAAUAGAUGGAUCAAGAACAAUGGAAGACCAAGAUUUAAAGCCCAAUAGACUGACAUGUACUUUAAAGUUGUUGGAAUACUUCGUAGAGGAAUAUUUUGAUCAAAAUCCUAUUAGUCAAAUUGGAAUAAUUGUAACUAAGAGUAAGAGAGCUGAAAAACUGACUGAACUCUCAGGAAACCCAAGGAAACACAUAACAUCUUUAAAGAAAGCUGUAGAUAUGACCUGCCAUGGAGAACCAUCUCUUUAUAAUUCCUUAAACAUGGCUAUGCAGACUCUGAAACACAUGCCAGGACAUACAAGUAGAGAAGUCUUAAUCAUCUUUAGCAGUCUUACAACUUGUGAUCCAUCUAAUAUCUAUGAUUUAGUCAAGACUGUAAAGGCAGCUAAAAUUAGAGUGUCUGUUAUUGGAUUGUCUGCAGAGGUUCGGGUUUGCACUAUACUUGCUCGUGAGACUGGUGGCAUGUACCAUGUUAUUUUAGAUGAGAGCCAUUACAAAGAAUUGCUAACACAUCACGUUAGUCCUCCUCCUGCCAGCUCCAAUUCUGAAUGCUCACUUAUUCGUAUGGGAUUUCCUCAGCACACCAUUGCUUCUCUGUCUGAUCAAGAUGCAAAACCUUCUUUUAGCAUGGCGCAUUUGGAUAGCAGUACUGAGCCAGGGCUUACAUUAGGAGGCUAUUUCUGCCCACAAUGUCGGGCAAAGUACUGUGAGCUUCCUGUUGAAUGUAAAAUCUGUGGUCUUACUUUGGUGUCUGCUCCGCAUCUGGCACGGUCUUACCAUCAUUUAUUUCCUUUGGAUGCUUUUCAAGAAAUUCCCCUACAAGAAUAUAAUGGGGAAAGAUUUUGUUAUGGAUGUCAGGGAGAAUUGAAAGACCAACACGUCUAUGUUUGCAGUGUGUGCCAAAAUGUUUUCUGUGUGGACUGUGAUGUUUUUGUUCACGACUCUCUCCACUGUUGUCCUGGCUGUAUUCAUAAGAUUCCAGCUCCUUCAGAAACAACUGGAACUCAAUAGUACUUCAGUCAGUUAAUUUUGUUUUCUGUUAUUUUGAGUCAUGAUGUUUUAAAAGUCAUUGUGCAUUUAUGUAAAUACAGUAGUAUUUAAAUUACUUGUAAUGAUCAAAUUGAUGUGAUAAUUUCAUUGUUUUAUAAUUAAAAUGAAUUCAGAAUAUUUAUGAUUUAUUUUAAUUCGUUUUUAGUGGAAGAAGAAAAUUAAGUAUAAAUAUAAAUUCAGUGUAAGAUGAAAAUUAAUAGUUAUGAAAUUAAUGCAUAUGACAUGAUAUACUGCUACACCCACCAGAAGGGUCUUUUUAGGUUUAACUAAACAUUCAAAUAAUAAAAUUAACACAUAUGAAAUUAUUUGCUGCUAUGGCCAACAGGGGUCUUUUAGGUUUAAACAUUCAAUCUCACAAGACUUCCAUGGCCACACUUGACACCAGUUUACUCAAAAGAAUAUUAGGAACAUGAGCCUGCCAGUAGUCCUCGUUAGCAGCAGAAGUCCUUGUAGCAGAGCUCAAAGUACAGUUUAGGUACAAGGAGAUGAGAGCCUCCCCAGGUGUCAAGGAGCCAAUAUCUCUUGUAACAGUUCCAUACAAAUAGCUUCAAGGGUUGCCACA